AUGCCUGAGCCAACAAGUCUAACAUUUGACCUUCUCCCUGAUGAGAUCAGGCAAAGCUCCGCCAUUGGUGCAGAAGUCCAACUACCUCCUGGAAUGCCCAUACUGGAUUUAGACCGUUUAACCGACAACGACAAAGAUACUCUCCGAAAAGCACUUUUUGAGAAUCAAGUGAUUGUUAUCAGAAAGCAGAAAGGAAUUGAUCCUACUGUCUUGCCGAAGCUCGCAAAGGUUUUCGAUCCUAAUGCAUCCGACGUCCAUUCCGCAGGAGAGAAAGCUGUGAGCGACCCCAAGAACAUCUUGUCUGCAUACAAGGCAGGAAGAAUCCCUCGAGCCCCCCAAGUUGGAAUCAUUGGCUCAGGGAAAUUCCAAGAUUAUGAGGGUCUAAAGGAGCUAGAGGUGGUGCAUCUUGAUCACACAUUGUUCCAUGAGGAGCCCCUCAGUCAAGAGGAAUUAGACGAUGGCUACACCCGCCCAUACCGGUGGCACAUGGAUACCCCAUUCUAUGAGCGUCUGCCAGGUGAAGUCACUAUUUUGCACUCAAUUCGCAUUCCCAAUGUACCAGAUCAGAAGAUCAAAUUCCCUGAUGGAAAAGAGAAAAUAGUCGGCGCUGGAGCCACGGCUUUCUUUUCUGGCGCUCGUGUAUUUUCCCUGUUGACACCAGAGGAACAAGAGUUCGCUCUCAACACCACAGUCACAUAUGCUCCUCAAGCAUAUGAGUAUAUCCGCCAAUGCAAAUCGUCUGAAAACGGUCUGACGAUCCCAAACUUUGGACGGGAGGUACCAGUGGAAAACUUGUCAGAGUGGGAAUGGGGCAAAGUUGCCGAGCACCCAAUGGUCUGGCGAAACCCGCUCAAUCCCGACCGACCAUUCUUCCAGGUACAUGGUUGUUGCGUUUACAAGCUCAUCACGCGGAACCCAGCAACGGGUGAGAUCACGGUAAUUGAUGACGUCGAGAAAGUCCGAGAAGUGGUGUACAAGAUGCAGAGUAAGAUAUAUGCUGCUGAGAACAUCUAUGCCCACCAUUGGCAAGAGGGUGAUGUGGUCAUUUUCCACAACCGCGGUGUCAUGCACAGUAUUACUGGCCAAUUAUCCAAGUACAAAGAAGAAGAGGACAAGAGGAGGUUGCUCUGGCAAUGCACAAUGACAAGCACAACUCCCCCCAAGCCCUUCCGGGAUUACGAGGGAGUCAACGACACGGGGUAUGUGAGGGAAUAA